AUGAUACUGUUAAUAUGUGUUAUAGGCCUGCUUCGAUUUCGGGCAGGCGGAGUGGAAGUGGUAGCAUCUAACGACGAGGCAGCGAAUUCAGGCCACUGGUCGGUGGAGUUGAGGAAUGGUGGAGUUUCCGCAAUGCACAUGACACUGACCCACGAGAAUACUGUGGUCUAUUUCGACAUGACUGACAUCGGUGCGUCGCUGCUGUCUCUGCCGGAUGGGCAAUGCAGAGUGGACCAAUUCGACGAAGUUUUGAAAAGAGACUGCUGGGCCCAUGCGGUGGAGUACACCAUAGCAUCGGCAGAAACCAGACCCUUGGAAAUCAAAACAGACACGUGGUGCUCGUCUGGCUCUUUCGCCAGCAAUGGGACGCUGAUUCAGACCGGAGGAUGGGGAGAUGGCUACAGAGUGGUCCGAUAUUUCAACCCAUGUCCCAGAGGAGGAAACUGUGACUGGAUCGAAGCUCCCAACGCUCUGCAAGAGAAGCGCUGGUACGCCUCCAACCAAGUCCUCCCGAACGAUGGACAGGUUGUGGUCGGAGGUCGUGGCGAGCCCACUUAUGAAUUCGUCCCCAGGAGAAGACAAGACGAAGGCACGUACAAGUUGCCCCUCCUAGUGGACACAUACGAGGCAGGGGCUGAGAACAAUCUAUACCCUUUCGUGUACCUGAAUUCAGAUGGAACCCUCUUCAUUUUCGCCAACAGAGAUUCCAUUCUGCUCAACUUGCAAACCAAUUCCAUUGUUAAAAAAUUCCCUCGCAUGCCGGGGGACGGAUCGAGAAACUACCCGUCCAGUGGCAGCUCUGUCAUCCUUCCCUUGACCUUCGAGGAUGAUUUUCACAAGGUGGAGGUCAUGGUCUGUGGAGGAUCCCCUCCCUCUGCAUACCAGCAGGCCCAGUUGGGAAACUUUCUCACAGCCUUGGAUACAUGCGGAAGGUUGGUGAUCACCGAUGCAAACCCCGACUGGCAGAUGGAGAAGAUGCCAGGCCCCAGAGUGUUAUCAGACAUGGUCAUUCUUCCUACGGGGGACGUGCUCAUAAUCAAUGGAUGCCAGCAAGGAACGGGAGGAUGGGGCCUGGGCAGGAGCCCUGUGCUCUCGCCUUAUCUCUAUACACCCCAUAACGCGAAUUGGCAGAUUAUGGCCGAAUCCACAGUUCCCCGCAUGUACCACUCGUCGGCAGUUCUGAUUCCAGAUGGACGAGUGCUCGUCGGAGGCAGCAACACCAACCGAUACUACAACUUCACGGGUGUCAUGUUCCCCACAGAGCUCAGAAUCGAAGCCUUCAGUCCUCCUUACCUGCACAGCUCGCAAGACGACCUGAGGCCGUCGAGCGUCACAGGCCUUCCUCAUCAACGUGAUCGUGAAAAUCCCAGUGGUCAGAGUGGACUGGUCAUCUACUACGGCGAAGAUUUCACCAUCUCCUUUCGACUGCCUUGGAGAGGUUCCUAUCGGCGAGAUGGAUCGAGCCUGGAGUACAGGCUGAAUGCGCCGCCCUUCUGUACUCAUUCUUUCUCUCAGAACCAGAGGCAGCUGGUGCUCAAGGCCACCACCUCCGGCUACGGGACUUUCCGAUGGGCGCGCAUCACCGCCCCAUCUUCUGCUGUCGUUGCACCUGCAGGCUACUAUCUGCUAUUUGUCGUCCAUGAAGGAGUCCCCAGCUCUGGUACUUGGGUCCAGUUACUCCCUCGUGACUGA